AUGCCUUCAGGUCCUAAGAAGAGAAAAGCUGCUAGGAGGAAGAAGGAACUUAACCUCUUAUCAACCAAUAACCCUCCUCAAGGAAAUGAUGAUUUGAAGCCUGGAAAUGAGAAAGCGGGUGAUGGCAGAGGCGAUAAUUUGUCUGUGUAUCAAGAAAAUGGUGACAUUCGUGAUCAUUUCGAUGAUGGAAGUGAAUUGGUUCAUGAGAGAGACCCAGCAGCUGCUCGAUCAAUUGCUUCUGAUGUUGUGUCUGUGGAAGAAGUUUGUGGAAAGAAGAAUAGCGUUGUUAUAAUAAAGAAAGAUUUGAGAUCUAAGGAUGGUUAUGAGAAAGAAAACGGAAGGUUUGAGCAUAUUGAAACUGCAAUGGAGAAGGAAUCUUGUUACCAUAGUGGGAACAACAGUGGUAUUUCAAAUGGUGAAUCCUUAGCUGAGAAGAACUCAAAGGAUGAGAAUUAUAAUUUGCUUGAAGAGAAAACUGCACGUCAUGAGUUGGUUAAACCAAAUGAAUCUUCACCUUCCAACGCGACUGCGGCUUCCAUGUCUGGAGCAGCCCCUCUUCUAGAAGUGACCGAUCUUGCUGGGAAGAUAAAUCAGGAUAGUGUAUAUCCCUUAACAAAUGAGAACGCUACCGCAUCAAGUUUAGAAGAACCUAAGCCAAAGGAAUCUAAUAGUGAAGUGUUAACUUCAUCGUCUCCUAGUUCAUUAACUGAUGGCACAGUACAUACUAAGAAUUCCAAGACUCCAGAAUGCUCCAAAAAUCAGAAUUCCGUAAGAUCGACUCCAAAUUUGGUGCAGAAGACUUCAUGGUGGAGUUGCUGUGGAAUGUUUGAAGUUUUGUCAGGUUCAAAUAGAUAA